UUUGACCUUUUUUUUAGAGCUUUGCGUGCAUUGCAUUAAUAUGCAAAAGACUAAAUUAUGUUGAAUUAACCCCAAGGAAAAUAUCACAAAGCUGAACUCCCCCAAGUGCAAAAUGAGCACUGUUGGUCGCCAUUACAGGAACAUACAUUUGUGUUAAUGAAAUAUUUCCAGCUAUCUGAAGGUUAUUAAAAUAUUUCUGUCAGGAUGCCCUCAGCUAAGAAAUCAAUUCUGCAAGUUUCCCAUUGACGUUGCAUGAAUAACUGACGAGUGCAUCAAAGGAAUCUGACAAAAUGGAACAAAGUUGAAGAACUUAUUCACUCAUUCUAGGAAUAUAUGAUCAACUUUUCACAAGAUGGAAGACAUCAAGGAGAAAUCAGUUUUCAUCUUUCAAAAAUUCUACAGCAGAGUCAUCCCCUAUUACAAAGAUAAGCAAAAACCCUCAUUGAAUCUUCUCUAAAGAAAUAUUGGCAGGACUGGAGCUGUCAAAUUUGAUGAAGAGAGAGGACUGCACAAUGGCGCAUUAUUACUGUCAACUCUUAUUCUUGGGAUUUACCCUUCUUCAGUCUUACAGUGUCUCAGGAUAUGGGCCAAACCAAAGGGCACAAAAAAAGGGAGACAUUAUACUGGGAGGUCUUUUCCCAAUACAUUUCGGAGUAGCUGUAAAGGAUCAAGAUUUAAAAUCUAGACCGGAGGCAACAAAAUGUAUUCGGUACAAUUUUAGAGGAUUCCGAUGGUUACAGGCAAUGAUAUUUGCAAUUGAGGAGAUCAACAACAGUAUGACAUUUCUGCCAAAUAUCACCCUUGGAUAUCGGAUAUUUGACACAUGCAAUACAGUAUCCAAAGCUCUGGAAGCAACACUGAGCUUUGUAGCCCAGAACAAAAUAGACUCUCUGAACUUGGAUGAGUUCUGUAACUGCUCUGAUCAUAUACCAUCCACCAUAGCAGUUGUGGGAGCAACAGGAUCUGGAAUUUCAACUGCUGUAGCCAAUCUUUUGGGAUUGUUUUACAUUCCACAGGUUAGUUAUGCCUCUUCAAGCAGGCUCCUGAGCAACAAGAACGAGUACAAGGCUUUCCUUCGCACAAUCCCCAACGAUGAGCAACAGGCCACAGCAAUGGCCGAGAUUAUCGAGCAUUUCCAGUGGAACUGGGUGGGAACUCUUGCGGCCGACGAUGACUAUGGCCGGCCAGGAAUAGAUAAGUUUCGAGAAGAGGCUGUUAAGAGAGACAUCUGUAUUGACUUUAGCGAGUUGAUUUCUCAGUACUAUACACAGAAAGAGCUGGAGUUCAUUGCAGAUGUUAUUCAGAAUUCCUCAGCCAAAGUAAUUGUUGUCUUUUCAAAUGGCCCUGACUUGGAACCACUCAUACAAGAGAUAGUUCGACGAAAUAUAACUGACAGAAUAUGGCUGGCAAGUGAAGCAUGGGCUAGCUCCUCACUGAUAGCCAAACCAGAAUACUUCCAUGUUGUCGGUGGAACCAUCGGAUUUGCACUAAGAGCAGGACGCAUCCCUGGAUUCCAUGAGUUUUUAAAGCAGGUUCACCCCAGCAGAUCCUCUGAUAACGGAUUUGUCAAGGAAUUCUGGGAAGAGACAUUUAACUGUUACUUCACCGAGGAGUCUCUAACGCAACUGAAAAACUCCAAAACACCAUCCCAUAGAUUAGGAUUGCAUGACGACAGUGUUAAAACUGGGCAUUCCCGAAGGACAACAUUAAGGCGUCCAUGCACUGGAGAAGAAGAUAUCACGAGUGUAGAGACUCCAUACCUGGAUUAUACUCACCUCCGGAUUUCAUAUAAUGUCUAUGUGGCAGUGUAUUCUAUUGCUCAUGCUCUGCAGGACAUCUAUUCCUGCACUCCUGGGAAGGGUAUUUUUGCAAAUGGAUCAUGUGCGGAUAUAAAAAAAGUCGAGGCUUGGCAGGUCCUCAAUCACCUAUUGCAUUUGAAGUUUACAAACAGCAUGGGCGAGCAUGUCGAUUUUGAUGAUCAGGGUGACCUCAAAGGAAAUUACACAAUUAUCAAUUGGCAGUUGUCCCAUGAGGAUGUGGUGUUUCAAGAAGUUGGCAACUAUAAUGCGUACGCUAAACCAAGUGACAGACUCAACAUAAAUGAAAAGAAAAUCCUGUGGAGUGGAUUCUCCAAAGAGGUUCCUUUUUCCAACUGCAGCCGAGAUUGUGUGCCUGGCACCAGAAAAGGGAUCAUCGAGGGAGAACCCACCUGCUGUUUUGAAUGUGUCGCGUGUGCAGAAGGAGAGUUCAGUGAUGAAAGUGAUGCAAGUGCGUGUACAAAGUGUCCCAAUGACUUCUGGUCAAAUGAGAAUCACACAUCAUGCAUUGCCAAGGAGAUUGAGUACCUGUCAUGGACUGAACCGUUUGGAAUUGCUCUGACAAUACUUGCUGUGCUCGGAAUAUUGAUUACUUCCUUUGUUUUGGGAGUUUUCAUUAAAUUCAGAAAUACUCCAAUCGUGAAAGCCACCAACAGAGAACUGUCCUAUCUCCUUCUCUUCUCUUUAAUUUGUUGUUUUUCCAGCUCAUUGAUCUUCAUUGGAGAACCCAAAGAUUGGACAUGUAGACUGCGACAACCUGCAUUUGGAAUCAGCUUUGUAUUGUGCAUUUCUUGCAUUCUGGUAAAAACAAACCGUGUGCUAUUAGUCUUUGAGGCCAAGAUCCCAACAAGCCUCCAUCGAAAGUGGGUUGGCCUCAAUUUGCAAUUCCUAUUGGUUUUUCUCUGUAUUCUCGUGCAAAUUGUUACGUGUGUCAUUUGGCUUUACACAGCACCCCCUUCAAGUUACAGAAAUCAUGAACUAGAAGACGAAAUUAUUUUUAUUACGUGUGAUGAAGGCUCCUUAAUGGCACUUGGUUUUCUCAUCGGUUACACGUGUCUGCUUGCUGCUAUUUGUUUCUUCUUUGCCUUUAAGUCUCGCAAGCUCCCAGAGAACUUCAAUGAAGCCAAGUUCAUUACUUUUAGCAUGCUGAUAUUUUUCAUUGUCUGGAUCUCAUUCAUUCCUGCUUAUGUCAGCACCUAUGGGAAAUUUGUUUCAGCUGUAGAGGUCAUUGCCAUACUUGCAUCAAGUUUUGGUUUACUUGGAUGCAUUUAUUUUAACAAAUGCUAUAUUAUUUUGUUCAAGCCGUCAAGGAACACCAUUGAAGAAGUCAGAUGCAGUACGGCUGCCCACGCUUUUAAAGUCGCUGCGAGGGCAACUUUGCGACGCAGCACCAUGUUUCGUAAGAGGUCCAAUAGUAUAGGUGGUUCAACUGUAUCAUCGCCAUCAUCUUCAAUCUGCAGCAGGAAUGCCCACGAUGAACCCAUUACCAUGGAGAUGCAAAGGUGUAGCAAGCAGAAGGUCAGUUUUGGCAGUGGAACUGUCACCUUAUCUCUGAGCUUUGAGGAAACCGGAAGGUAUGCGACUGUUAGCAGGAACAUGAGGAGGAGAAAUUCGAUGGAUGCCAAAAAUAGUGAUGACAUUCUGAUGAAGCACAAUGUUUUGAUCCCCCUUCAGAAAUGUGACACGGGAAAUGACACACGAUGCAAGAUAUCAGGAAAGAAUGGGUCUGGAACUUUUCAGUCUCUGGAUGAUAGCAAAGAAUGUACCAAAGUGCUGAAGAAAUCUCCUCCAACACUUCAGUAAAUCUGAGAAAUCUUGUUGAUGGCAACAUUGUAGAUAAUGACAUAAAUUCUUAAUGAUGGUUGUUGCUUUCAAUUUGGGCAGUAUAAACUCAGAUAAUUCCAGCAUAUUGUGUAAUGGUAUUGGUGCAGAAUUAACACACAAAAUUAUGCUUAGGACAAUUACCCAAGUGCCAAUUAAAAACAAUAAAUAAGCCCCAAGCCUGACCUAUAGGAGAAUAAGGGCUAGUUUCUGGAUUUUCCCAUAAUGAGGAAUGCCAACUGUAAAAUAAAAUGUGAGCCUAGCAAUGUAAGAGCUAAGUCAGAAACAUGGAAGUAAACAAAAUCUUAUAACAGGAUGGCCUGUGGACACAACAUUUAAAAGCAUCAUUCUUUCAACAAACAGCAACUCAAUUUACUUGAAGGGCAAUUGAAUUUAUGAUUGCACAAAGUAUGUUUUUGUGUUGAUAUGAUGGCUCCAUUCAUGUUGCAAACAAACAUGUAUCAGAGAAGUACUGAAUUGUCUAACACAAUGUUAAAAAUGUUGCUGGCGUCACAAGAAACUUUUUGAUAUGCUUAAAGAUCUUUAUGCUGUUAUUAAAAUUAAUUGCUCAAGCACAAUACUAUUGUUGUAUUAACACAGUUGUUUUUUUUUAACACAAAUUUAGCCAAGCGUAUGGAAACACCAUGGCAACUAAAUGUUGCAAGAAGCAAGGUCCAUCAAAUGUGACUCCGGAAACUUGCAGCAACAUGUGAUCAUAUUACUUCACCAUGGUCAUUAUCGUACUAUGUUACACCAACUUAUCUCAUUUGCAGAUGAAUGUUAAAGUGAGUGUUAAUUGUUCAAAGAGCAGAGAAAUAAAGAACAAUUAUAAAUAUCAGAAACGUAGGUGACGUAGAAAAAUUACAAAUGUUGAACUUCCUUAUCAGAUAGAAGUCAUCAUAUUGAUGAAGGAAAGUGACUUAAACUGAGCUAGGUGCUGAAAGAAUUCUAUAGUGGAAAAUGCAAGUUAAAGAAUCAGGAAAUUAGUAUUAGAAAGAAGCAAGACAUCUACUUCAGGAUAAUGGUUGUGGAGAUUUUUCUAAGGAUUAUUGAAGUGAACAGCGCAUAUUGGCUCAUAUAGAACAUUCCUGGGAUUGAGAUACUGCUCCGAUGAGUAGAUAGCAGAGAAGCUUUGAAAAAAGUGAGUGUCUUAGGCUAAAAAUUCUAAGGUUUUGAACUUGUGCAUCUUACAUCUACUAAAAGUUAUUUUGUAGUAUAUUCGUAUUAAAGUUUGGUAAAGCAAAACCUGUACCACAAUGUUUCAGUUCCAGUAUUAAGACCAAUCCUGUUUUAACACACUGGUACUAAUGGGUCUGGUCACAUGAGCCAUGUCACCACAUGGUUGUACGGACAAUUGUGUCAAAGGGAAACGGAGGAAAGGCAGUGGUGUGAGUCCAUCAGAAAGCAACAAUGAUAAUGUAGAAUUUGUAAGUAAAUUGUAAUGAUGUGGUUUAGGAUGGAUAGUAAGUAAAUCAAGUAUUUUAACUAUUAUUAAACCUAUAAUCAACAGUCAAUGGCUUUAGAAAAGGAGGGAAAAAAUGAAACAAUGAUGAUGAAGAACCUAGGACUGAAAUACCAUGAUGGAGGUGACGUGGAACUAGUAGAAUUACGUGACUGUUAACAAAUCAUAGUUUGGUAGCAAUGUAAUUUAUGAUAUUAGUGAAAGUGCUAAUACAGUGAGUAGGAAACAUUCUAACAAUGGCAAAACAAAAUGGGACAAACUAGCAGCUAAUGACAGUGGUGAUUAAGUGAAGUAACAAUGCAAGAUUAUUAUCACAGUCUUAUUGAAAGAAUAGUGUUAUUGAAACGAUGUCACAACAGUAAAGACAUUAUAUGAGAUCAAUAGACAACAGUAAUAAAACCAUUUAACAGUAAUGAAAUAGCAAUGGAUUUCCAGCAAGUGCAGAAUCUUUUGUGUAUAGCAAUCGAGGAAUAUGACAGCAAUUAAAGAGAAAUAAUGGCACAGUGUAUCAAUGAGAGACGUGUUAGUGGAACAUGGUAACAUUUGAAACAAAAAUUGUGCGGCUAUAGGAAAAAAUGCACUUAAAAUUACUCCUUUAUUUAUUGGACAGGAUGUAUAACUGAAGUGAUGACUACUCAUUUCUGAAGCAUUCUUAAGUUCAAGGUUCAAAGCUCAAAGUAAAUUUUAUUAUCAAAGUAUGUCUAUGUCACCAUAUACAACCCUGAGAUUUACUUUCUUGCAGCCAUACUCAGCAAAUCUAUAGAAUAGUAACAAUAACAGGAUCAAUCAAGAUCAACCAGAGAACAGGAAGCAACAAACUGUUCAAAUGCAAAUAUAAAUCAAUAGCAAUAAAUAAUGAGCACAUGAAUUAAUAAGAUAAAGAUUCCUUAAAGUGAGAUCAUUGGUUGCAGGAAUAUUUCAAUGGUGGGGCAAGUGUGUGCAGUUGUUCCCUUCUAUUCAAGAGCCUGAUGCUUGAGGGGUAGUAACUGUUCUUGAACCUGGUGUUGUGAAUCCUUGAAGCACCUGUACCUUCUGUCUGAUGGUAGCAGCAAGAAGGGAGCAUGUCCUGGGUGGUGGGGAUCUCUGAUGAUGGGUGCUGCUUUCCUACAGCAGCUUUUCAUGUAGUUGUGCCCAGUGUUUGGAAAGGCUUUACCCAUGAUGUGCUGAGCCAAAUCAUGUAGGAUUUGUAGGAUUUUCCAUUCAAAGGCAUUGGUGUUUUUGUACCAGGCCGUGAUGCAGCCAGUUAAUAUACUCUUCAUUACACAUCCACUGAAGUUUGUCAAAGUUUUAGAUGUUAUGCCGAAUCUCUGUAGCCUUAUGAGACUUGUUAUUUUCUGAUUUGAAUGUUUUGAAUGAUAUAACAGAACAAUACAACACAACAACUAUCAUAACUAGGCAAGCUGAGUUUUGUAAAGCUGUGCAGCCAAAUAACUGAAUUGACUUUAUCCUAUCUCACUAUAUUACAAACAUUUGAAGUAUUUUUAGUGAAAUUGAAUUUCUGGUAUUGUUAAGUUGGUUGAUUAAAUGGUAAAUUGAGCCACCUGAAGCUGUGACCACAAUUGCCACUGAGAUGAUGAAGAUGUUUUAUUGUAUUUGUAGUUGAAACGUGGACUCCUACUAAGUGCAACAGGAAUAUAAUAACUGUAACAAAAAUUUAUUAAGAUUAUGUUAAAAAUGAAAAUUGUAUUUUAAAUAUCAGAUGUGUAAAAUUGGUAAUUUC